UCUCCUUGGUCAGAACUGCUGUGGCUCAUGUGCACUGCUUCAUGUCAUAAUGAGCCGAUAUAGGAGAACCGUUCCAAAGCUGCACAGGCAUUGUGAGAUCUGUUUCAGCCGUCGCUGCAAAGCCCCCAUCGAGACCUCCGUGUCGUGCAUGGUCAUCAACUGUCGCUUGCUCUGUGGUGCCUCCUUCCACAUGUGUAAAGAUGACGAGCACUCCCUGCUGUGUCCCAACGAGAAGGUGCCUUGCCUCAAUGCUAACUACGGCUGUCCUUUCACCAUGUGUCGCUCAAGGUUGGCCAAACACUUGGAGGUGUGUCCUGCAAGCAUCGUCUGCUGCUCGGUGGAGUGGAACCGUUGGCCUGUCGAGAACCCUGACGCUCCUUUGUAUAUUAACCUCUUUAAAGAGAUCCGUGAGCAGGAGUCACUUGACCUCUCCAUGGCACUGAGAGACCAGAAACAUCUGUGUGCUAGGUUGAAAAUGAGAAACUGUUUUCCUGAGUUGAUGGAGGAACGAGAAGAGGAAACAAAUCUGACGGAGGAGGAGGAAGAGGGAGACAACGCCGUUGACAAAGAGAACUACAAUCCGUUCGAAAAAAUGUUCAGCAGGGAAAGGGGAGGUUGCAAGCAGGCCGAGACAGAUGCGUCCAAGACAAAAACAUCACCAAAAGGUUCCUCCGAAACAAAGCUGCAAGAAACAUUAAAAGAACCUGAAAAGGGAGAAGACACAUUUUAUGACCUCACCAAAACAGGACUGUCACCCUGGCAAGAUGGCGUCCUGGAAAGACUCGGGCAGGAGUUAAAACCCAAUGAGUUCAACUUGUAUAUAGUGCACCACGGUCGCAUGUUGAUCUCCUUCGGUCAGAUGGAUGCUUGCACGCCCAGAGAGAGAGAUUUCGUUUAUGGGAACCUGGAGCCGAUACCAGUCCAGACUCUACGCUCCUUCACCGUCCCUUCUAGUUACAAACAAAAACGCAUUCAAUUUAAAGACUCUUCCACCAGGGUGAUGACUGAGCACAAGUGUGUGGGAACAUCUGACGUGAAAGCGUCUGAGAAAGAUAGCCAUGAGAUGGAUGAGAUGUUCGCCACCUUACUUUGUUCCGCCGAGGCUGAAAUACGAGGCCACAAAAUAAGCGAAACCGUGCCCACAGAUGGACUUUACGUUGACAUCGCGACACAGACGUAUAACUUCGCCACAACUCCCUUUAAGUACAGCGCAUCCCUCGCUGAAGUUACAGCAGACGGGGAUUUGAAACUCUACGUUCAGCUUGAUGCCGAAACCGUUACGCUCAGACACAACAAAUCGACAUCAGCGUUCACAUUUGUUUGUGGUCAUUUCUUUCGAAGGGAUGAGUUCGCCUCGCAUUUCAAGAACGUGCAUUCGGAUAUCCAGUCUUGUCUGAGCGGCUGGUUUGAGCAGAGAUGCCCAUUGGCUUACCUUGGUUGCACAUUCAGUCAGAGAAGACUCCAGCCGGCCACGCAAAGAGCCACAGUGCACUACAACCAAGACCUGAGCAUCUUCACCCUCACACCUGACGUUCCUACAUGUUUGAUGGAUGGUUCACAGAACGCAGUUGCAUUUAAGACACGUGUGAAAUAUGAAGAUUCUCUCAGCAAUCUUCCUUUUGAGGUGCUCUGCCACAUUGCUGGUUACCUGGAUAGUUUUACGCUGUCGCAGCUUGCCUUGGUCUCAGGACUGUUUAGGGAUGUUUGUGCCACACAUCUUCAGGAUAGAGGAAUGGUGACCUUGAAAUGGCACAAAAAGUCAUACUCUCACGGAGGAACCCGCUGGAAACCAACUAUAGUCUGGGAGUUCAGUACUCUUUUCAGUAAAGUGGGUAGUUGGUGCGUUGAUGACACAGCGUCAAUGUCUGAGCAUCUGAAACAUUGUCCAUUCUACCAAACUGAAAUGAAAACCGAGCCAUUUGCCCUGACCAGUAUGUGUGACACCAAAGAGGAUGAGAGACACAGUUUGGUCACUUAAUUUAUGGGACGCAAAUGAUUUUUAGACUGCAACUUUGAUGUCUUCUAUUUGUUCUGGUUUUGAUUUGAAUGGCUGCUACUUUACAUGUAACUGAAUGCUGCCUUUAUGUUUUGCUAUGUAACUUUAUAAAUCAAUUGCAUGUGAAAAAAGCAGCAUAGUCUCCUAUUUAAAUACAUCUGCAUAGCUCUCUGUCAUGUUUUAACGUAAUGUUUUUACUUUAGUUUAGAAACUAAAACCACAGAGUAAAAUAAAACAGUUUAUGUGCACUUUAUAGUUAUGCAACAUUUGCAUGAUCAGCAAACCACAAUUUAAAAACAGAUAUAGCAAAGGAAAAUGAACAUUUCAAAUGAUGUGUGUGUCUAAUCACUAUCCUGUGCAAUGCCGUGUUAGGCUUAUCAAUCACCUCUAUAUUAACAGUUUAUUUAUAGGAAAAUAAAAUAACAAAUGUUUGCAUACAAAGUAUGUUUGGUUGUAUUUAAAACACUGACCUCAAUACAGACAGAGUGGCUGAAGUUACAGCACACGUAACAUGACUCUUGUAUUUCGAAGCCGAGUUUACGAAUGUCUGUCUAUUUUUAACAAAUGGGAGAGACAGAUAUAGGUUAGUUACCUAAAGUCCACUAUGCCAAACAGAACCUGGAGCUCACUGU